AGAGAGAGAGAGAGAGAGAGAGAGAGAGAGAGAGAGAGAGAGUAGUGCCUGAGGAACACUCAGACAGAACAAAUGAGCAGCCGCGGCUUGACUCCCGCUAGAGACGCUGAUAUCGGCUCGUUCUGCAGGAGUCAGAUUACAUCUGGAGAGGAUCAGCUCGAUCUGAGACACAGCUGAGGAGUUUCUCUGAAGAUCUCAGCUCACAGAGAGAGACAGACCCUCGUGGUCGCAGUUCCCCACAUGUACAAAUGAAAUCAUGGAUUCACUGUUGAGGACAGCGGUGCGCGGGGACGCCACGGAUCUGUGCGCGUGAUGACCAUGGAGAGCAUGUUUAUUGGUAAUGCGUGUCAGAGCAGACUGGUGCCAGCGCUGGUUCGAGCUUCUCUGCCCACUGUGCCAGCCUCUCUGGGCAUGAAGCACUUCUUCCCCUUCCCUCUGGACAGCGGAUCCACACUCAGCCUCAUUCCCAGCUUCAGCACCAUGGACCAGGUUCAGAAAGCUGUUUUACAUCACACGUUCAGCGCUUCGGCCUCGGCUAAAAGGAAAGCGGUCUCGUGUGGCGUGUGCCAGCUGAGGUUUAACUCACAGAGCCAGGCAUUGGCCCACUACAAAGGCACCAAACACGCCAAGAAGCUGAAAUCCUUGGACGCGCCCAAAUGCCUCAAACACAAGAGUUCCCCGGUCAGCAGGGAAAACGCCAACAAGGAUCCUCCUAAGAGCCUUUCUCCCUCGACCGGGAACACUGACGGAAAAGGUGGAAGUCCUGCACCGGUGUCCCCUUCAUCGCCCUCUUCUGCCCCGCUGACCGGCCCCAGCGCCGACCCCUCAGAGCCCGAGUCUUCCUCAGUGUCAGGAGGAGAGGACGGUCUCUCCAUCACACCCAACCCGCCUGAGCCGGAGGAGAACGACAGCGGGACGAGUCCAGAGACGGAGGAGGAGAAAGCCCUGCGUCUGCUCUACUGUUCUCUCUGCAAGGUGGCCGUCAACUCGGUGUCACAACUCGACGCGCACAACACCGGCACCAAACACAAAACCAUGCUGGAGGCUCGGAGCGGGAUCGGCUCCAUCAAAUCCUUCCCGAGGACUGGGCUGAAGAGCAAACUGGUUACUCCCACUAAAGCAGACACAGGCCUGCAGAACAAGACAUUUCACUGUGAAACCUGCGACGUGCGCGUCAAUUCAGAGACGCAACUAAAACAGCAUAUCAGCAGCAGACGCCAUAAAGACAGAGCGGCGGGCAAACCAGCCAAACCCAAGUUCAGUCCGUACACCAAAACCCAAAGAGGACCCACCAAACAGACCCAGGUGAAGAUGUCAGUCGGUAAAGAUCUCUGCCCGCCGCUGAGCACCAGAUUAAUGCCGUCUCACCUGGCAACCGUCGCCGCCGCCAUAAGCUCCGCCUUUCCUUCCCUUAACCCCGCCCUCUUUCAGACUCAGCUGCUCCGCCCUGCUCCUGGGCCAAUCAGGACUGCGCACACACCUGUGCUGUUUGCCCCUUAUUGACCUUUGACCUCUGACCUUUGGCGGAUCUGAUCAUUAACCCCUCCCCCAUGACCUCACACUGGGUUAGCCCGGAUCUAAUGCGCAGUAUCGCAAUAAUUUAAAAACAAAACAAACCAGGUAACUAUGCAUCGUCAUUUACAUAUGACACACUGACGUUAAGCUAUAAAUGUACCGGUGACGAUUUGAUUUUUGAUGAUAAUUCAUCAUCAUCAUCAUCAUCACUAUCAUCAUCGCUUGCAAGUACAAGACUGAUUUGUAAAUUUAAGGUGAGUUUGGGAACGCAUAGAUGUUUAUUAUAGGGGGAUGAAAUGUUGUAUUUCUCUGCUGUUUUGCACUUUAAGCCUUUCUGUUGUUGAUUUCAGUGCUUUUAAUGACUAGAUCUCUUCCUGUUCAGCUGUUGUUUUACUGUAACCAGGUCAGCAGGGCUUCAAUUGUCAAUGGACACAUUUCACAUU